AGUGUAUAAUUUGUCAAAGUAAGCGGUUCCGGACACGGCCCUUGAAUACAAGUCACUACAAAUUGUACAUUUGCAACACGUUGCUUUUUAUUGUUUUCCAUUUUGAAUGAGGACACACAAUUGCUGAUGCGUCUGCCAUUAAGGAGAGAGAAGGCAAACAAGGAGGCCCAUUGCCCCUCAAAACAGCCGAGCUGUUGCGCAGCUUUGCUGCUAGGUGGGGCUCUCAUCAAAAACUUCUGCUUCAUUACCAGGAAUUACUAUUUAAGUGUUUUUCGUUUUUUUUUACUUGUAUUUAAAUACUCUCAUUAUGCAGCGUGUUUUAAGGUGCGAAUUAAUACAACUGUUUUAGAAAUGUCUUUGUCUCGCUUGGUUCAAGUCAAAAUGUUAAUCUGACACGUCACUCUGGCCGUAAGAACAACAACAACACAAUUUAAAUGUGGAAAAUAAUUCAGGGAAUACAUACCUUUAACAUGCACAAGAAGUUAUGUCUCGUCUACUGAUUGGUUGCGUUUGCGCGUACUGUCAGUGGGGGCAGUCGCGGGCUGGCAUUAACCGGGGUGUCUAUGGUCUUUGUGCUGCUUGGCGCGUGAAAGAAUUUAAUUGCAGUUUAGGGACACUUCUGGUCGUGUGUUGUGGGCUUUCUGCAACACAGUAGCGGUUUAUCUGAACAUUGUAACUCAUUUACUAAAUAUAAAAGGGUGUGCUGCGUACGGACCGACGGAGUCCGAAAAAUCAGAUAACUAGCUAAGAAAAAUAACCGCCAUAGACAACAUGGAAAUGGAGAAAAGAAUCAACUUGGAGCUGCGGAACAGGAAACCAGCUGAGGUAAAGGAAUUGGUACUGGAUAACUGUCGUACCGAUGAUGGCAAGAUUCUUGGUCUGACAGCCGAAUUCGACAAUCUGGAGUUUCUGAGCAUGAUCAACGUCAAUCUGGUUUCCCUCGACAACUUGCCCAAACUCCCCAAACUUCGCAAGCUGGAGCUGAGUGACAACCGCGUGUCCGGCGGUCUGGAAGCCCUGGCAGAGAAGACGCCCAACCUGACGCACCUGAACCUCAGCGGCAACAAGAUCAAAGACCUUGGAACGCUGGAGCCCCUGAAGAAGCUCCCGACGCUGAGCAGUGUAGACCUGUUUAACUGCGAGGUGACCAUGCUGCUGGACUACAGGGAGAGUGUGCUGGACCUGCUCCCCCAGAUCACCUACCUGGACGGCUUCGACGCCGACGACCAGGAGGCCCUGGACUCAGACCCCUCGGGCCUGGAGGACGAGCUGGACGAUGAGGAAGAGGGUGAGAGUGGUGGUGAGGAAGAAGAGGAUGAAGAUGAGGAAGACCUGGAUGUGGAGGAUGAAGAUGAGGAAGACGUUGAUGUGGAUGAUGACGAUGAAGACGAGGAUGAGGAGGGAGGGGACAGUGACGAGGUGGAUGAUGAAGAUGACGACGAUGCAGAAACGCAUGGGGAGAAGAGGAAGAGGGAGCCAGAUGAUGAAGAUGACGACGACGACGACGAUGACGAUGAGGACGAUGAAUGAGAUCUGGCGGGCGGUUGUCAUGCUGUCCGUGUAGGCCCUCCAGUCUUUCUGGACUGGCUGGGGUCGCAUCAAAGACUGGGGACAUUUUGCUGAAGAGUUUUGGGCGGGGAA